CUGAGUUGUCUCCCUUCUUAAACUGAAAUGAAACUUGAAAACUCCUGAAAUUACAACUUACAAUACAAACCCCCUGAUAGCUUCAACAUAACCCAAGCAUGUCUUCAACUGAUGUUCAAACACUGAUGGAAAUGGGGUUUACUCAAACGAGAGCGGAAAGGGCUCUUGCAAAAACAAAUUACAAAGGUGUACAGCUAGCAAUGGACUGGUUGUUUGCACAUGAAGGUGAUGCUGAUAUAGAUGAACCAUUUGUAGCACCUGUAGGACACACACUUGGUAAAUCUUCAGAAUCAGAGAGUAGUCAACCAAUGGAAACAUCCAACCAAGAACCAGGACCUAGUGACAGUGCAGCUGGAGGGGAACCUUCUGGUGAACCAGUGGGACCAGUUCAGGCAAACUCACUGAAGUGUGAUGAGUGUGGGAAGUUCCUAAGGACUGAAAUGGAAGCACAAGCCCACGCAGCCAGAACACAACAUUCCAGUUUUUCUGAGUCCACUGAAGUCAUUAAACCAUUAACAGCAGAGGAAAAGAAAGAACAACUUGAUAAAUUACAAGAAAAAUUGAAACAGAAAAGAUUAGAAAGGGAAGAACAAGAGAAAAAAGAACAGACUGCAAGAGAGAAACAAAGAAGAACACAAGGAAAAGAAAUAGUAUCAAUAAAAUCAAAAAUAGAAGAAGAUGAAAUUAAGAAGAUAGCUGAACAAAGAAGAAGAGAAAAAAUGGACGAUAAAUUAGCAAGACAAAGAGUAAAAGAUCAGAUAGAAAAAGAUAAAAGAGAUAGAGCAGCUAAGUUUGCCAAAGAUAAAGAAACACAAAAACCCAAUACAGCACCAUCCCCUUCUGCUGCACCUGUAGCGACACCUGCUGUUAAAAAGGAAUAUACAGACUGUCGAUUACAGAUUAGGUUCCCUUCAGGACAACCCCUAACACAAACAUUUUCAGCCAAGGAACCAUUAGCAGCAGUGAGAUUAUAUAUAGAAAUGAACAGAACUGACCCACCAGGACCAUUCUCUUUGAUGACAAACUUUCCUAAAAAAGUGUUUCAGCGUGAAGAUUAUGAAAAACCAUUAGAUCAAUUAGAUUUGGUCCCUUCUGCUGUACUAAUUGUAACCAAAGCUGUGUGAUGCCAACUUAUAGUGACAACAGACAUUUUAUGUUAUUUAUGUUAAGCUCUGAAUAAAUGUUUUACUAUGUAAAGAAAA